AUGGACAGUUUCCAAGACGACUUUUCCUGGUCUUUCAAGGCAAAGCACCCCUUUAAGGUGAUUGUGGUGGGUGCCGGCAUCGCCGGGUUGACGGUUGCGUUGGGUUUGAAGAAGGCUGGACAUGAAGUCCUGAUCCUGGAACGAGUACAUGAGAUCGCAGAGGUGGGCGCAGGCAUUCAAGUUGCUCCGAAUGCUGCGCGGAUACUGGGACGGCUUGGUCUUCUCGACGAAGUCAUGGAGAAGUCGAAUGUGCUGGAGCAGAACUCCCUGCGCCGAUACGCCAACAAUGAGGAACUUGGAACUGCACCUCUAAUGCCUCAGGUCGGUCAAAAAUACCAUGCGCCACUUGCAGUAAUCCAUCGAGGGGAUCUCCAGCGCAUUCUUCUCGACGGGGUUCGGGACGCGAACAUCGAGUUGCGCACCAGUUCCCGGGUCGUCCGAGCGGUUGACGACUUCGAAGCCACCGUUCAGCUCGAAUCGGGCGAGUGGAUCUCUGGAGAUGUGGUGAUUGCUGCGGACGGGAUCAAGUCCGAUCUGCGCCAUCAGAUCGCAUCCCACCAUGGUGUCAGAGACACCUGCGAGCCCACCGGUGAUGCGGCGUACCGCAUUCUGAUCCCCAAAGACAAGCUGCAGGGCGACCAGCGCGCCCUGGAGCUUCUGAACCACAACGUCGGAAUGCGUUGGAUGGGCCCUGGAGGACACAUCAUGGCGUACCCUAUCAAGAAUAACACCGUGUAUAACAUGGUACUGCUCCACCCGCAGAAGCCGGGGGCUUCCAACGAAGAGAGUUGGACCAGCAAAGGCGACAAGCAGGAGAUGAUCUCCUUCUACAGCAAGUGGAAUAAUUUGGUCCGAAAUCUCUUGAGUUAUGUUCCGGACGGCGAGGUCAUGGAGUGGACUCUGAACUCGCACUUCCCCCUCCCCUCGUGGGUGGAAAACAAAUGCGUUUUGAUGGGCGAUGCGUGUCACCCAAUGCUGCCGUAUGUGGCCCAGGGUGCUGCGCAGGCAAUCGAGGAUGCUGGGGUGCUUGUGUGCGCUCUGUCCAUGACCGAGUCGGUUCCCAAGGCAUUGGCAGUCUAUGAGCUGGUACGCAAGGACCGUGCCGAGCGCAUCCAGAAGAGCGCCGCAGUGACGAGAAAGGCGCUGCACCUGCCCGAUGGGGAGGUGCAGGUCAAGCGAGACGAGGCUAUCCGAGGCUCGGGCAAGAACCCCGAUCUUUGGGCUGAUCCCAGUUGGCAAGACUUCAUGUGGGGGACGGAUGUUAUGAAGGACACCGUCGAGAACUGGGAUGAUCUGGUGGCGAAGAGUCACGGUUAUCAUGUACAUGCGGUGCAUGCAGUGGGUUAUUGA